UGAAUACAGGAACCAAAACUAUCCAAUAAUAUACUCAACUAAGAUCAAAGGUAAACUUGAGGUGUAAUAACAUAUUAACAUCAUAACAGUCAUGCAACAUAUGCAAUAUUUGUUAGAAGAUAAUUGUGUAUUACAGCAUGUUAUCAGAGUAUACAAAUUGCAUCACUGCUUUCAACCAAACAAAAUCUAUAUACACACAAACACAUAUCUAUUUUCUGUGCAGGCAACCUCAAAGGCUUCUUAUAUCUUGACAUUCAAGUGUUUCAUUUCAGCCUUUACCCAUAGAAACACCUUUAUGAUCACUCAUACUUUCAAACUUGAACUGAGUUGUAGAAGUGUUGGUUUUCGGAUCCGGGAUACCACCUCCAGUUCUUCUAUAUUAUUUUCCAUUAAGCUGAAGGACACUCCAAGUUCCAUAGGACCUCGGUGACCUCCCCGACUGUGGGCCAAUCAAUCCCACUUUCCGCCAAGCAUUUUCCAACUGCCUCCUCAAAGUUCUGUAAAGACUCGGGUUUUACUCCUUCCUUAAGGUGAGGAUCAUGGAUAGUUUCCAACUCCCCCUGUUUAUCACACGUAUCGCUCAUUCAAUCAAGUUUGCAGAUUCUCUGGGACAGGACGAUAACCCCCCCCCCCCCCCCCCCCCAUCUCUUUAUCGACUCCUCCUUCCUGAGAGUUCUUUGUAGGAAUUCCCUUUCCUCAUCAGCCCUAGCAUUCCCUUCUUUCAAUUUAUCCACAAAUCUCUUCUUUCCUAUCUUCUCAUGAGUGGCUUCUUUAACCUUCACAUUAUUGUCCUCAAAGCUCCUCCUCUCCAGUCUCUUCAUUCUCCUUUCCAUUCUCAAGCCUUCCCUCUGAAACCCUAACUCUCUUCCCAGCUCCAUCAUUUUUGUCUUCAUUAACUCCUCUCUCUUUCCUCUUACUGUGCAGCCUCUACCGAAACAUCUCUCCUAUUUUCCCUGUCUUGCGAUCUCUCAAGCAUAUAUAAAUCAUGAGACUACUCCCUCCUGUCUCGGCUUCCGUCUCACUCGCUCCUCGACCACUCAAUUGAUCUCUCCCGAUCAAAUGAAUCCUCUUCUAAAUGUUGGUGGUGGCGAUUUUCUGACCUGCAUCGUUGCUCGUCAUCACAUCGGUGGUUUGAGUGAUGACAGGUUCGAUUCUUGUUGUCUCUUUCCACUAGAUUUUCCCUUUCCAUCACAGGGUUCCCCUGAUUCAGACUCUUUUCUACCGUUGUGAAGUGUAAGGGUUAGCAGUUUAAGGAGGUGCAUAUGCAUAAUACGAUUCCCACACCGGAAAAGAGAAGGGGGGUGGUGAUGGGAAAAGCGUAUAAAUUAAAGGAGUCUGGGAAGUAGUAAAUUGCCUUAAACUAAUGAGUAAGGAAAACAAAGCAAACGGUGAGAGCCGGUUGCCGCGUCCUUUGUAAGUGGCGCAAGAAUUUAUGGAGGGGUUAUAGGCUGGCCGGGCGUUGACGCUGCUUACUUUGCAGAACUCGUACGUGCGGGCCUCCC